AUGACCAACUUCAAGUGGGUCAUUGCGGCAGUCACCCUCCUGUCUGGACAGGUCCUGGCUGCCCCUACUGCCACUAUUGCUAAGCGCGCCACUGUCAGCGAUAUGCAGGCUGCGUUCGGCUACGCCAGCUUGAACGGUGGAACCACCGGUGGAUCCGGCGGUACUACCACCACCGUCUCGUCCUAUGCGGCCUUCACCUCGGCGGUCUCGGGCGAUGAUGCCAAGGUCGUCUACGUCGAUGGCACCAUCAAGAAGGCCGCCGACCAGGUGAAGGUGGGCAGCAACACCUCCAUCAUCGGCAAGGAUGCCAACGCCAUCCUGGAGGGAUUCGGACUUCUCGUCAAGAAGAAGGAGAACGUGAUCAUCCGUAACCUGGGUGUCAAGAAGGUCCUGGCUGACAAUGGCGAUGCCAUUGGCGUUCAAUACUCCAACAACGUCUGGAUCGACCACUGCGAUGUUUCCUCUGACAAGGACCACGACAAGGACUACUACGACGGACUGAUUGAUAUCACCCACGGCUCCGACUACGUCACCGUCUCCAACACCUUCUUCCACGACCACUGGAAGGCCUCUCUGAUCGGCCACUCCGACAGCAACGAAUCCCAAGACAAGGGCCACCUCACCGUCACCUACGCCAACAACUACUGGUACAACAUCAACUCCCGCGGCCCGUCCUUCCGGUUCGGUACCGGCCACAUCUACAACAGCUACUACCUGGACGUGAGCGACGGCAUCAACACCCGUGAUGGCGCCCAGCUGCUCGUCGAGUCCAACCAGUUCGUCGACUCCAAGAAGGCUCUUUACUCCACUAAGUCGGGAUACGCGGUGUCGAAGGAUAAUGACUUUGGAGGUGCUAAGAAUGAUGCUGAUGAGGGUACCCUCACCUCUAUGCCUUAUGAUUAUACUCUUUUGGGGUCGGCGAAUGUUAAGGCCGCGGUGGUGGGUACCGCUGGUCAGACGCUUACUUUUUAA